AUGGAGAAUGCUGUUUUCAUCGGGAGCAUGCCUCUCGGCAAACAGUUGGGAUCUCAACCGUUUUUUCGGGGGUCGCGCGUCUCGCUCUGCGGUCAAGCUCCUGCGCCCCCGACGCGAGCGCUUCUGAUACGGCGGACCGCAAUCCUCGGACUAGUCCUAUCGUGUUUUGUCGCCCGUCCCCGCGCCUCUUCCUGGCACGAGAUCAACGCGUCGAACGCGUUCCCACGGGUGUUUACGAUUUUUGCCGCAGCAACGGGCGCCGAGUCGGGCAGCAGCCCCGGUGAUGGGUCGCUCGCUGCUGGGGGAGGCGCUCAGGCGCCUGACCCGCAGCAGAUUUUGAAAUUGGUCACAGAGAAACCGACCGAAGAGCGUCCCUUACCGGAAGAUAAUCAGGCGCGUCUGAAGGACCCCUCUGAUGUCGGCGACGGCUCUGACUCGGGGCUCGGCGCCUCCGCCCACCCUCGACGGCAGUUCAGCGCGGCCAAACUGCAAGCCCUUGCAAGGUGCUGUCUGAAAGUUUGGGAUGGCCUUCCAGCAGCGGCCGUGACUGUUUCGCCUCUCUUCGGGGGGCUGAGCAACAUGCUUUUCGUCGCCGAUGCCGACGUGCCCGCUGCAGCAGCCGAAGACGAGGGUCACCCACGGGAGUCUGACGGCAGAAAGCGGCGUCAGUCUGAAACGCAGUUCACGUAUUCCCGCGACGAAUGCCCCUGCAGUGCAGACGACCCUUCUAAGACGUCUCAAAACUGGGAUGCAGCGAGUGCGCCGCGCCGCGUUUUGAUCCGAAUCUACGGUCACACAGGCGAGGAGCUGUUUGACGCCUCGGAGGAACGCCACGUGUUUAAACAGCUCGGGCAGCUCGGCAUCGCACCGAAAUGUCUGGCUGAGUUCCCAGGCGGCCGAAUUGAAGAGUGGAUUUAUGGGCGCAGCCUGACCCCCGCGGACCUUCAGAACGACGAGGUGCAAAGGAAGCUCGCCGUUUUGCUAGGAGAUUUCCACCAAGUUAUCCUUCCCCGCUGGUCGACUGUCAGAUCUUCCAACUGCCGGUGGUCGCGUCAGCUGCCGGCCGUUGCCAGCAAAUUUCACGAGGAGGAACUCGAGCGCUUCAAGACUUUCAGUCGCACCCAGUGCGAGUGCGUUUUCUGCCGCAUUUACUUGUGGAGUGAGUUUGCGACGAAGGGCCCUGCUGCGCAGAUCGCGCGUGUCUCUCAAGUCCCCCCCCUGGCGGCCUCGAUCUUCCAAGGCGAGCGGACAGGACGUCCCCAAGAAGGCGCAGCGCCCGCUGCGCGUGGCGGCCUCGGGGCGCUGCUGUCCGUCGCCGAACGGAGCCGGUUCGACGCCUUAGGCCUGGUUGCCUACUAUCAGCGAGAAGCAGAGAAACUCGAGAACGUGAUGCUUGACCGCAUGGCGGCCGAACUCGCGCCUACACACCUGGAGACAGUGUACGGAUCGCUUGAUCGGUGGAUGCUGCUCUCUGGCGCUUCGCCUGUCCUCGCACACAACGACGUGCAGGAAAACAACGUGAUGAUGACGACAGACGGCAAGCUGCGUUUUAUCGAUUUCGAGUACUCUGGCAAGAAUUUGCGGUCCUUCGACAUCGGCAACUUGUUCAGGGAGAUGACCAUCAACUAUACAGCUGCCCCAGAGUAUCCGUUCUUUUCGGUGAAUUUGCUCGACUACCCUUCGCUGCGUGUGCGGCGGCAUUUUAUUGCCCACUACUUGGCGCAUCUUCUUCGUGCGCAUUUUCCGGCAUCUACUGGCUUGCGGGGAACGCUCACUAAGGCGAUAGUCGAGCAUUUCGAGGUGAUGGUCGAGCUGGCGGGUCUCGCCUCGGAUCUGCAGUGGGCCUUCUGGUCUCUCAGCAAGAUGCAGACCGCCGAGCCCGAGGGUGAAUUUUCGCACAUUCAAUACGCGCUUACCCGGCUAGCCAUGUAUGAGCAGAAGAAGGACGAGCUUAUUAGACGGGGAGUCCUUCACGGCAGAACUUGA